AUGCCCCCAAACUUGUACGAGUCGCGAAGCAAAUCUUCGAACACAUAUUUCGAAGUAAUUCUUGCGGUCACUCAUUUUUUUGGAUUCAUAACUAUCCUUCUCAAUGGAUUUUUCUUCAACUCGUUUGAAAAUGGUCUUGCCUGGCCAACAAAAAAUAGGGAAUGCAAAGGAAAAGGUGAUAUGCUUCAUGGUUUCCUUAUGAUUCUAGCUUUCAUUUUUUUCCAAGGCGAAGCGUUAUUAUGCUAUCGAGUGUACAGAUAUAAUGCAAAAAUCAUCUCAAAACUUAUUCAUACGUUUUUGCAUGGAGCUGCAAUUGGAUUAGGCCUCACAUCUCUUGUCGUAAUCAUUAUUAACAAUAACAUUGAUAAGGAAAAACAUUUUUCCACAGUUCAUAGCUGGAUUGGUGUAAUAAUUUUAUUGGUCUACAACAUUCAGUUUGUGUUCGGCUUUUUAACAUUCUUAUUCCCAUGCACUCCGGGAAGUUAUCGAGCUCGAUUAAUUCCGCUUCAUCGCGCUGUUGGAGCUUCGUGCAUGAUUCUAGCUUGUAUUCAAUGUACAAUCGGGCACGUUCAACGAAUAUCCUGGCAUGGGCCAGAUUGCUACAUGAAUUUGUCAUGCCCAAAUCGUCUCGAAUACGUCCUAAGUUUCGCGAUUCUUACGAUGAUUCUAUACACAUUACUAGUCAUCGGACUAAUAGUCCCACAAAAUUGGAAGCGCGUGAAAACCCCUGAUGAGCUAAAGUAA